CUACCUCGACAGCAGCCUACAACACCAUGGGCAACGAACAGGAACACUACUCAAACGAGCUGGCGAGCAACGCACCGAACGGCCACCGCGGCUUCAACGCCGCCGCCGAUGACGACAAGUCGUCCAACCUCGGCGCGUCCCACCCCAUUGUGUCCGAGGAGUCGCUCCCCGGCCGCAGGCAGAUUGGCUUCUGGUCGGCCGUCUUCAUCAUCUUCAACCGCAUGCUUGGCACUGGUGUUUUCGCCACUCCUAGUGCCAUUCUCAGCCUCAGUGGCUCGGUCGGCCUUGCCCUCUUCAUGUGGGUUAUCGGCUCCAUCAUUGCCGCUGCCGGUAUGACCGUCUACGUUGUCUGGGGCUCGUCGAUCCCCAAGAACGGUGGCGAGAAGAACUACCUCGAGUACCUGAUUCGCAAGCCAAAGUACCUCAUCACGUGCAUGUACGCCUCGAACGGUGUCCUCCUCGGCUGGGCUUCCGGCAACUCGAUCGUCUUUGGCGAGUACAUUCUCCGUGCUGCCAACCAGCAGCACCCCGGCCAGUGGACUCGUCGUCUUGUCGGCUUCGCCUGCAUCACUUUCGUCUUCCUCCUCCACGGUACCCGUCUCCGCUGGGGUCUCUGGCUCCAGAACAUCCUCGGUGUCUUCAAGUUUAUCAUCCUGCUCAUUGUCAUCAUUGGCGGCUUUAUCGCCCUCGGCGGCCACCUCAAGGUUGAGAAGCCCAACAACUUUGCCCACCCCUGGGAGGGCACCACUGCCAGCGCGAGCAGCUUCUGUCUCUCGCUCUACAACGUCAUUUGGUCGUACGUUGGCUUCUCCAACGUCAACUACGCUCUGUCCGAGGUCAAGAACCCCAAGCGCACUGUCCGCAUUGCCGGUCCCCUUGCCAUUGGCAUCAUCACCAUCCUCUACAUCCUCGCCAACAUUGCCUACUUUGCCGCCGCCUCCAAGAAGGACAUUACCGAGUCGGGCACCCUUGUCGCUGCCCUCCUCUUCCGCAACGUCUUUGGCACCAAGGCUGAGCGUGCUCUGUCCGUGUUCGUUGCCCUCUCGGCUCUUGGCAACGUCCUUUCCGUCGUCUUCUCGCAGGGUCGUGUCAACCAGGAGCUCGGUCGCGAGGGUAUCCUUCCCUUCUCCAAGUUCUGGGGCUCGAACCGUCCCUUCAACGCUCCCCUUGCUGGUCUCGGUCUCCACUGGGCCAUCUGUCUCAUCACCAUCUUUGCUCUUCCCCCCGGUGACGCUUAUGGCUUUGUGAUCAACACCAUCUCGUACCCCUUGUCCGUCAUCAACGCCGUCAUCUCGUUUGGCAUUGUCUUCAUCUACUUCUUCCCCAACUUCUACAAGGACGAGCCCGGAAACCACGUCCCCCGCCCCAACGUCUGGGCCACUGGCGCCGCUCUCUUCUUCGGCCUCGCCAACGUCUUCCUCUUCAUUGUCCCCUUCACCAAGCCCCCCAAGGGUGGUGAGCCCUACAAGACUCUCCCCUACUGGACGCACGCUGUUGCCGGUUGGGCGGUCUUCGGCAUCGGCUUCAUCUACUGGCUCGUCUGGGCCAAGCUCUUCCCCACGGUCGGCGGCUACAACCUCGUCCGUGUCAAGGAGGUUGGUGCCGAUGGCCUUGAGCGCAACGUCUUCAAGCACGAGAAGAAGCAGCAAUAGGCGCUGUUUCGACAUUAGAUAUAUAAUACUCUCAUUACAAUGUAAUACAUAUGCU